UUUCAAAAGAAGGCUAAAGUACAUCUCCUGCUACAUCUUGUUGAUGACAUUGAAAGCCUGGGGCCAGCAAAUGGUUUCUGCACUGAAAGAUUUGAGGCCUUCAAUCAUUUCAUCAGAGGAUUAAAUAUAAACAGCAACAGGCAUGCAUCAAGCUUAGAUAUAUGUACAAAAUUUGCUAAGAUGGAAAGGCUUCGCUUUGUCCUAAGAGGAGGAACAUGGGGAAAAGACCACAGCUUACAAGCAUCAGAAUGCAUCAAAAACUUGGCAAAAGAACCAAAGCUGCAACAAUUUUUGGACAACAUCCCAAAGAAGGAGAGCAUGGAAGAUAAAGCAAUUUAUCACCCUGGAUGCUUAAGAAAAGGAAACUAUGACAAAGGGAAACUGCAGACAAAGCCUCUGAGUGAGUGCCUAGAACAAGUCGCAAUUGAAGCAGCUGGUCUCCCUUAUGAUACAGAAGUCACAUCCUUUAAAGCUGUUCUUAGUGAGAGGCAAACUCUUAUUAAUUCAGGUUCAGCCAUUGUAUAUGUGGAUGACCAGCAUCAGCAUCAUCUUGGUAUUUUCAAAAAAGGAAUCAAGAUCAAAAAUCCUGACCAAGAAGUUGUGGCAGUUGAGGAAGUGAGAUUCGCCAAAGAUGAAUUGGAAAACCAAAUAUUCGGAGCAUUUCAGUGUCCCAAGGUUGAACUAACUGGGCAAGUGAAAUUGUUGUCACCUCAGUGUGUUAUUGAACAAGUAUGCCUCAUCCAUGAUUGCUCUGCAGGAAGAUGUUGUUAUAAAGAGAGUCAAACAACUGUGACAGUUGAAAGGGAGGCUGUGAGUAAAGCAACAUAUAAGUUUGUUCACAACACAAAUCAUUGUUACUACUUGGUGAACAAGUUUUAUCUUGGGGAAUCCCUUAAAUAUUUCAAUAUUUCAUGAAUCUAUGUAUGAACAUAUAUGUAAUCAUAAUAUAGAAUUAUUACUACAGGGUGUGGUUUCAAAUAAUGUAUUGCAGUAAUUAGUAAUUUGACAGUUAAGCCGCUAAUGCAUCCUCAAAUUAAUAUUUUUUCAUCUCUCAAUUCAGACUCAUAUGAGUAUAAGACCUUUGUUUUUAUGGAGCUGUUUAAUACUUUAUUAAAGCAGUUAAAAACUGUUUUAUAUAAACUACUUUGAAGUUUGAAUCGC